AACUGAGAUAAAGCGCGUCUUCAAUUCACGUUCUCUCACGCGACCUGACUUGCACAUCUUCUAAGUGCCUACUCAUUCCUCACCGCAACCUCCUAACCACCGUCACAAUGGCCGACGCCGUCAGCGAGCACAAUUACAAGUUCAACGUCAGCAUGUCCUGCAGCGGUUGCUCGGGCGCCGUGGAGCGCGUGCUGAAGAAGCUGGAGGGCGUCAAGAGCUACGAGGUCUCGCUCGAGUCGCAGACCGCGACCGUCGUGGCCGACGCCUCGCUGCCCUACGACCGGGUGCUGCGCACCAUCGCCAAGACGGGCAAGAAGGUCAACAGCGCCGAGGCCGACGGCGUCCCCCAGAGCGUCGAGAUCACCGCCGAGUGAGGAAUAAGUACCCUGC